UUAUCGAUAGGAAACUACCGCUUAUUUCCGGUUGAACUUUAGAAGUCGUAAUGCAAUAACAAUAUUGGUACGUAUUGUAACAACGUCGCGCAUUUCAACCCGAUCACAACAUGGAAGACGCCGUGGAGGCCCUUUUCAUCAGCACGAGCAGCGAGGACAACACGACAUGCAGCGUGCAGGAUUUGCGGACAGGCACAGACCUGAUGCGCUACAAGGGCGGUGGAUGCGCCCAGCACCACAGCCUGAACAUGAUCCACCUGAACUACGUGAUGGCGGCGAACUCCGCCAAGCCACUGCUCCACGUGUGGCCCAUCAACAAGCAAGAGCAGAUGGCCGGACUGCGGUUCGUGGUGCCCGGCAAGGUCAACGCCUUGGCCCUGACGCCUGAUGGGAACUUCUUGGUGGCCGGCAUCCAGGAGAACAUCUAUCUAUGGCACAUGAGCUCCGGCCGUAUGCUUAACACCCUGUCCAAGCACUACCAGGCGAUCACUUGCCUGCGCUUCACGGACAACGGUGAGCACUUCAUCAGCGGCGGCAAAGACGGAGCUGUGCUUGUCUGGGAUCUCACCUUCUCCGCCGCCCCACUGGACACGGGCGGGGGCAAGGAUAGCACGGAGCCGUUGUACAGCUUUAACGAUCACGGUCUGGCGGUCACUGAUCUAUACUCCGGCAUCGGAGGCAUCCGUUCCUAUCUGUACACCGUAUCGUUGGAUCGCUGCUGCAAGGUAUAUGACCUGUGCGGGGGCGUCCUGCUGCUGAGUGUGGUGUUCCCAGUGGCCCUGCAUAGCGUGAUUGUCAGCAAGAUGGAAACUAGGGUGUAUGUUGGCUCCAGUGACGGCAAGGUGUUUGUCUUUAAUAUGGAAAACGCGCCGCGCAUGAAGGAAUAUCACCUAGAGGGGGAGGAAAUCCAGGCCUUUGUGGGCCACACAUACGGCAAGGCCAUCACCUGCCUGGCUCUGAAUAUAAGCGCUACAACUCUGGUCUCCGGGGGCGAGGACAAUCAGGUCUGCGUCUGGGACGUGGGCAGCAGGCAACUUAUUAAGAGCCUGUCCCAAAAAGGCUCGGUAACCAAUCUGCAUAUCCGCCUGCUCAGCCCAGCCAUCUUUCUGCCGGAACACAAGCAGCCGCAGAUGUUCGCCGACAGUCUAAAGCGAAUGAUUAGUCCGUGGGAUGAGAAUGACUGUAUCGAGCUCUUCGAUCCGGACUACUCCGGGGGACGCAAGACACCGGAGCUGGACUACACCCAAAGUCAUCCGGGUACGGAUGAGGAGAUAAUACUCAAACUUAUAGCGUCCAUGAGUUCGGGAAAGAACGAGGACGACGAAGGAAUUGAGGCGGAAACCAAAGCUACAGAUGUCGAGGAUUCCGAGGUCGAAGAAGAAGAACCUGAAUCCGAGCCAAUGGAAACCGCCUCCAAGGAAGCUGAGUCCGAAAAAUCGUAUGCAGAAUAUCAGCCAGACUCAGCACAGACAAGCGACGAAAGAGUGCAAGAGCUGCAGGCCGAGAAUGCGCGCCUCAAAGCGCAGUCAAUGCGCUUGUUCCAGAUAGCUUUCAAGUAUAUUACUAGCGAUACCAAUGGCCAGGCUGAAAUCACAGAGAAGACAAAGCGCAAGAAAGCGCGGAAGACAUAGUGAACCUUAAGCUUGCUUUCAAUUACGUUUACUUAGGACUUAGGACAAAAAUACAUGAUAAUAGAAAAAAAAC